AGGUAUAGCCCUCGACCUACCCCAGCUUUUACCCCACAAACCUCCUCCACAUUCCUUCGGGACCCCGACAUAGCAAGGGCCGAAAAACGGCAAUAAGAAUCAGCUCUAGGACUCGAAUUCCAUUCUUGCUGUUGUCUUCUACUAUGAAUUGAUCGUUCGCGUUCACCUAGCUACUUUUCCACUAUGGCGGAAAAGGAAGCCUCGGUCUCGCUUCACGAGAAACUCGAUAACGAUGCGCCGUCCGCUUCGGAGGAGGGCGGCGGCCCUGCCCACGACUCGAUAUUCGAGAAGCGUGUGCUUCGCAAGAUCGACAUACGGCUCCUCCCCAUCCUCGGCGCGCUGUACACGAUCGCGAUGAUAGACCGGAGCAAUAUAUCGGUGGCGCGCAUCUCAGGGCUAGACGAGGACGUGGGGCUCGCAGUCGGGGACCGCGCUUCUAUUGCUUUACUCGUCUUCUUCAUCGGGUACAUGCUCUUCGAGCUGCCGAGCAACAUGAUCAUCCACCGCGUCGGCGCCGCCAACUGGAUCUCGCUCAUCGUCUUCGCAUGGGGCCUCGUCUCCAUGGGUAUCGGCUUCCUAAACAACUGGGUCGCCCUCGCCGUCCUGCGAUCCUUCCUCGGCGUGUUCGAGGCUGGCUUUUAUCCCGGCUGUGUUUAUCUGAUCUCAUCAUGGUACAGGAGGUACGAGGUCCAGAAGAGGCUGGCGACGUUCUUCAUGACGGGGUCUGCGCUCUCGGCAUUCGCCAAUAUCCUGGCCCUCGGCCUAAUCCAGAUUUCCAAAGUGCAUCCGAGCUACAAGGGCUGGAGGUGGAUUUACAUCAUCGAGGGCAUCAUGACCUGCGUCGCCGCCGUUAUUGCCUGGUUCGUCAUCGUCGACUUCCCUGACUCAGAUCGCAACACGUUUCUCUCUGAAGAGGAGAGCGCUUUCGUAAAAGCGCGUCUUGCGGAGGACCGCGGGACCGAGGAGCGCGAGAAAGUCACUUGGGCUGUCUUUGUUGAGACAGCUACGGAUUGGAAAGUUUGGUCCUUCGCGCUCAUGUAUUCGGCCGGUGCCGUGGGCGUUUACGCCUUUCUCUUCUUCUUGCCAAUCAUCCUGCGCAACGGUAUGGGAUACUCACAGGACCUUGCUUUCGUGCUGUCAGCACCACCUGCUCUGUUUUCAGUUGUGGAGGGCAUGUUUGUCUCAUGGCUAGCUGAUAAAAUGCGUCUACGAGGGCCGUUUGUUAUUGUCCAGGGUCUAGUCGCCAUCGUCGGUUUAUGUAUGACGGGCUUCAUCAAUAAUCCUGUGGCUAGAUACGUCGGUACUUUCCUAGGGGAAGCCGGUGUCAAUGGGCUUGUGGUCACCACCCUAGCGUGGCAGGCUAACAAUCUCCGCGGCGACGCUAAGCGUGCCUGUGCUACUGCUUUUAUGAUAGCCGUUAGUGGUCUUGGUGGGAUCUACUCAUCUUUAGUUUUCCGCCAACAGGAUGCGCCCGAUUAUAUUCCCGGGAUAAUAGCUGUGAUGGCCAUCUGCAUAGCUGCCGUCGUUGCUGCCUGUAUCUCUAUAGUGCUACUAAGAUUGGAAAAUAAACGUGCUGAUGAAGGGAAAAAGAUCAUCGAUGGUCUUGCUAAUUUCCGCUGGACAAUUUAGAAAAUAACAUAUAUCUAGUAACUAACUAGAUGAGAACAAUACAACCAUUUUGUUAUUGCUGUAGAAAUAGUGA